AUGACACACACAAGGGUAAUUAAGAAGGCACUAAGCAUUUUCAUCCUUAUUGUUUCUGUUCUAAAAUUUAAGUAUGUGUGUAAAUUUUAUUUUGGAGCAAAAAAUGGAGUAUAUGUCACAUAUAAGAGGACUCGUGCAUAUGAAAAAAAGUGGGAUCGAAAAAAAGUAUUUUUUAACAUUCAGAAGAACAGAGGGAAAAAUUGUAGAAGGAAGAAUUACACAACACUUAGGAAUGACAUAACAGAAGGGUUAAGCAGAAGAGGUUCUCCUUUGCUAUACUAUUAUAAAUAUUUUCCACUUUUAUUCUUAUUAUACGAAUGGAAAAGGGAGAAAAGAAAUAUUAAUAAAUGUAACUCUGCUUUUAGGAAACAUAUAAACAGCUUAGAUUUCAUCUCACCGAACAAUGUUGAUUUACCAUCUGAGAAAUGGAAAAAACAAAUGAAGGACCAAAGAGAUACGAUAGAUAAAGAUGAAUAUAAGGGAGAUUGUUUCUCUAGGGAAGAAAACCAUAGUAGUAGCAAUAACACAGAAAAAUAUGAAAAUAACUAUCAAGAAAUUAUUCGUAACUUUUGCAUAUUAGCACAUAUCGAUAGCGGUAAAUCAACACUAGCUGAUCGAUUCCUAGAAUUAACUAAAACAAUUAAAAAAACAAAAAUGCAGGAUCAAUUUUUAGAUAUGAUGUCGUUAGAAAGAGAAAAAGGAAUUACAAUUAAGUUGAAAGCAGUUCGAAUGAAUUACAAAAAUUAUAUUUUCAAUUUAAUAGACACACCUGGUCAUUUUGAUUUUUAUCAUGAAGUUAAAAGGUCAUUAUGUGUGUGCGAAGGGGCAAUAUUACUAAUUGAUGGAUGUAAAGGGAUACAGUCUCAAACUCUGAAUAUUUUUUUAGAAUUACAAAAAACUGAUUUAAAAAUCAUUCCUGUGAUAAAUAAAAUAGACAUGAACACUUGCAUUUUGGAUAAAAUAAAAAAUGAUUUAAUAAAUAAAUUUCAUUUUAAAAAUGAAGAAAUUUUACACAUUUCUGCAAAGUAUGGAAAAGGAAUAGAAAACUUGUUUCAAAAAAUUGUUCAGGAUAUUCCAUUCCCUACUAUAAAAUCGAAUGCAUUUUUUAGGGCCAUAAUUUUUGAUUCAUUUUAUGAUCAGUACAAAGGGGUAAUAUUAAUUAUUAAAGUUAUAAAUGGAGUUUUAAAAAAAAAAACAGAAAUAUUUUUCAUUCAAAGUGAAAAAACGUAUAUUAUUCAGGAAGUUGGUUAUCUCACCCCUGAAAUGAAACCCACAGAUAUUAUAAAGCAAGGAGAUAUAGCUUACGUUUCUUCCAAUAUAAGAAACUGUGAUGAAAUACAGAUAAGUGAGACUAUAGUUAGUAAAGAAAUAGUUAAAAUGAACACACAAAAGAGACUUGUAAUCGAUACUGAUAAACUUAUUGCAGACAGGAUGGAACAUAAUAACUGCAAGGGUAGUAGUAGUAGUAGUAGUAGCACCUUACUAAAUCAUCAGCUUAGUAAAAAUGAAGUCGACCUUCUGGGUAGAUCCUCUUCAAUGUAUAUUUUUAGAAAUUACACCGACAAAGAUAACAUAUUUGAAAAGCACCAUAAGGAACAUUCGAACACUGAAGAAAUCGAUCAAAAGAAAAAUCACAAUGUGAAAAGCAUAAACAAAAAAAAAAUGGAGAGAAUUUCCAACCAGAUGGAGAAAAACAACAACCUGUCGGAAGGAGGAAAUGAAAUGCAUUUAAAAAACAUGGCUGUGACUAAGGUAGAUGUGUCAUACCCUGUGGUGUUCUGUAAUAUAUACAGCGUUAAUGAUAAGCAAUCAAACGAAUUAGAGACAGCAUUAAAUAAAUUAAAAUUAAAUGAUGCAUCUUUUUCAUUCAAAGCAGACAUCUGCGAAAAUUUAGGGAAAGGUUUCAAAUGUGGGUUCAAUGGUUUACUACAUUUAAAUAUAAUUCAGGAACGAAUUAAAAGGGAGUAUAAUGUCGAAACGAUUGUAACUGCACCAUCUGUUAAUUAUCUUGUGAAACUGAAUGAAAAAUAUAUAGACAAAAAAUUGAAGGAAAAAUUAAUUGAUAACAAUUUCGACAUAAGUAAUAUUAUCAUAGAUAAACAAAACAGUAACAAUAGCGUAGAACAUAUGAACAAUCAUCAGAAUGGAGAUAUGAAAACAACUGUCAAGAAUAACGGAUUGUAUUACAUGACAAGCAAUGUAAAUGAUAUCCCACAGAAGAAUUAUAUCCUUGGAAUUUAUGAACCAUAUGUCAAAACAAAUAUUACCACACCUGCGGAAUUCCAAAAAUAUAUUAUGGCAGAAUGUUUUAAAAGAAGAGGUAUAUUUAUUAAGAAAGAUAUUAUGAAUGAUCAUAUAUUUUUUUUUUUUGAGAUGCCCUUAUCUGAAAUAUUGAUAAAUUUUUUAGAUGAAAUUAAAUCAUGCACAAAAGGAUAUGGAUCCAUGAGUUAUGAAAAUUAUGUUAUAUACAAAGAAAGUGAUUUAUUUAAAAUUAACAUAUACAUAAAUAAUAAGAGCAUUGAUUCUUUAGCAUUCAUAGCACACAAACUCAACUACUAUGAAAAGUGUAAAAAAAUUGUUUUAAAAUUAAAAGAAUUGAUCAAACCUCAUCAAUUCCUUAUUGUCAUUCAAGCAGGUAUUGGCUCCAAAAUUUUCGUAUCAGAAAAAAUAAAACCACUAAAAAAAAAUGUCACAGCCAAAUGCUACGGGGGGGAUAUUACAAGACGCAAAAAAUUAAUUGAAAAGCAAAAUGCAGGAAAAAAAAAAAUGUUUAGCAUAGGAAGGGUAAACUUGCCACCUAACAUCUUCACCAAGUUGUUCGAUUUGAAAGCACAAUGA